AUGUUGCUGGCGACUCCUCUGUCGAAGCUUCGCCUGCUUCUUUAUUCUCUCCUGAUUUCUCUCUCUCUCAUCGGGUCCGUCUCUGCAAUGACCGACAGAGUUAUCGAAGCUUCUUCUCUUUACACCUGCAUGUCAAACUCAAAGCUUUCUGCUGACCGCUUCAACGUUGCCUUCACUCCUAUUAACUCUACAAUCACUUACACUGUCAACAUUACAGCUGAAAUCUCAGGUUAUGUCCAGGCUUAUGUCGAUGUCUACGCUUACGGCUUUAAAAUCAUCUCUGAACAUGUUGAUCCUUGUUCCUUAGAUGCUGGUGGUCUUUGUCCUGUCUACCCAGGCUCAAAUUACUUAUCCUCAACCUACCACAUCUCCUCAAGUGUCGUCUCAGAAAUCCCUGGAAUCGCUUAUACUUUCCCAGAUAUUGAUGCCAUUGUUGUUGUCAAGGUCAAGGACGAUACAAACACUGUCAUUGCCUGUAUCGAAGCUGAACUUUCAAACCGUAAGUCUGUUAACCAUAUUGCCGUCAAGUGGGUUACUGCAAUCAUUGCAGGUAUCGGUAUGCUUACUUCCGCAAUCAUCUCAACCAUGGGCUCCACAUAUACGGCCGCACACAUUGCUGCAAACUCUGUCUCUCUCUUUGCCUACUUUCAGUCCGUCGUCAUCAUCUCCAUGCUGGCAGUCGAGCGUAUGCCUCCUAUUGCUUCUUCUUGGGCUCAAAACCUUGCUUGGUCCGUUGGACUUAUUCGUGUCACUUUUAUGCAAAAGAUUUUCCGCUGGUAUGUGGCCGCCACAGGUGGCACCCCAACUCAGUAUAUUUCGUAUCCAACAAUCUCCAUUCUCACUCAAAAGCGUGACCAAAUCAUGACCCAACUCACUAAUCAUACCCGCGACCUUCUCCACUAUCUCGCAAGUCAACUCGAGGAAAACCCAUACACCUCGGGCCUUUACAAACGUGCGUCUUCAUCAGUUGGCUUGGACAAGGCCCCUGAGGACACCGAUACCUUGCUUGUCUUGCGUGGUAUCAAGCGUGUUGCUUAUGAAGCUAAUAUUGAGGAAACAUCGGCUGUCCUUACUUCUUUUACCUUUUUUGUUCUCAUCUGCAUUGCUGUCUGCAUCUGCUUCGGUUUGGCCUAUCUUUUGGUUAUUACCUUUUUCUCUAAAGACAAAUUCCCCUACUUUAGAUCCAACUGGACCCUUAUGCUUAAGGGUACUAUCCUUCGUCUUCUCUUUAUUGCUUUCCCCUCCCUCCUCGUCUUUUCUCUUUGGGAAUUUAUCCAGCGUGAUUCAGCUGCCGUCAUUGUCCUUGCCGUCUUCUUCCUUACCCUUUCUAUCGGCAUCCUUGGUUGGUCCGCAACUAAGGUCCUUCUCACCGGCAAACAAUCCAUCCGCGAUCACGAGACUCCUGCCUACCUCCUAUUCUCUGAUACUAGUGUUCUCAACAGAUAUGGUUUCCUCUACGUUCCAUACAAGGCCUUUUCUUACUACUACAUUAUUCCUAUUCUUGGCUACUUCUUUGUCAAGUCCUGCUUUGUUUCAUUUGCCCAGUCUUCUGGCAGAACCCAAGCCCUGGCCUUUUUCAUCAUUGAAAUCUUUUACUUUAUCAGCAAUUGUUACUACCGCCCUUACAUGGACAAGUCUACCAAUGUUAUCAACAUUAUUAUUGGCGUCAUUAUGCUCAUCAACUCGUUCCUUUUCCUCUUUUUCUCCCAUCUUUUUGGCCAGCCCCGCUCUGUGGAUUCAGUCAUGGGCAUCAUCUUCUUCAUUAUGAAUGCGGCAUUUUCUCUCAUCUUGUUGCUUUACACCCUCAUUACCUGUUCCAUUGUUCUUCUUUCUAAGAACCCUGACGCCCGUUACAAGCCUGCUGCCGACGACAGAGCAAACUUCAUCAAGGACCAAAAGGCUGCCGCCUCUGGAGACAUUGCCGAGCUUACUGCUCUUGGCGCUGCUGCACGUGCUGAUCACGAACCUACAUAUAUGGAAAGUGGUUCUGAAUACAACCGCCCUUUUGAUGAUGAAUAUAGCAACUACGACCAAGAACAAAAGCGCCAGAACCCGGGUCCUGUCACUAAUGUCUUUGGCGACGAUGAUAAUAGUUCUUACUCAAACCCUUUUUCCGAAAAACCCAAGGCUAGUGUAAAUGGUGUAACGAGCAACUCCUUUGAGGUUGAUAACUCAUACGCUAGCCUCUCUAACUCUUUUCAAAAUAAUGGAAACAGUGUACCCCCUUCAGUGCGUGACUCAGGUACAUCUUUUGCUCCAGCAUACCCACUGUUAAGUAGUGUCAAUGGUGCUGUACAACGGCCCUCAAGCGCUUCUAACAAUUUAAGCGGGAACCCCUUUGCGUCAACGCCAGAAUCUACCCGCAAUGAUGGAGGUUAUUCUCCCCACAAUAGCAAUCCAUUUGCAACAAAUAUCCCCAUCUCACAUACAAUUACCAAUACAUCAUCGAUAAAUAAUGUUCCUGCAGCUACAGGGCUUAACACUAGCAACCCGCUGCGAUCAUCAUCGUCACAAUCACACCUUACUAAUGAAACCGACUUGGGCGCUGGGUCGCCAUCGUCAAUUUCUAACGACAAACCCAGUAAGCGUAAUGUCUGGAAGAAGAUUUUUUAG